AUGGUUCUAACGAUUCCAUCAUCACUUGUUGUUCCAUUCAGCCACCGCAUCUCCUCUAAUGGUGCUACUCCUAUCGACUCAUCAUCACCAGCAGAAAUAAUGGCAGUCGACGAAGAGAUUCCGACGAUCGACUACUUCGCCCUCUUCUCCGCCGACCCUUCCCAGUGUUCCACGGCCAUGGAGCGCCUCUCCAUAGCUUGUGAACAUUACGGCUUCUUCAACCUGGUGAACCAUGGGAUAGCGGAUGGAGUGAUGGAAGGCGCGUUGAGGGGAGUAUCGGAUUUCGUGGGGCAGACGGCGGUGGAGGAGAAGAGCAAGUACAGGGAAGCGCAUCCAGGGGCUAAGAUUCUUUGGGAUUCCAAUUGUCACGCCGGUGAGAAUAGGGAAUAUCUCAAGGUCGUUGCUCGUCCACAAUUCCAUUGCCCGCCUAAUCCUCCAUCCUUCAGAGAGGCUUUGGGGGAGUACCAGACCAAAUUCCACGAUGUGAAACUGGGCUUGGCUAGGGCCAUGUCCCUAAACCUAGGGCAAGAAGUGUCCUAUAUCGAGAAUGCUUUCAGUCUGGAGUCAGGUCUCGACGUCGCUGCUAUGAAUUUUUAUCCACCAAACUUGAAUUCGAAGGGCACCAUCCGGCUGGCUGACCACACCGAUCCUGGCUUCAUCAUCUCCCUCGUCCAAAACUUGGACGGUGGCCUUCAAAUCCUAACCCAUCAAGGAAAAUGGGUUAACGUCCACAUCCCUCCCAACGCCAUCCUAAUCCAAGUUGGGGAACAUUUGGAGGUUCUAACAAAUGGCAAGUACAAGAGUCGCAUCCAUCAUGUGACGGGCAACUACAAGGCAAAAAGGGUCACCCUGGUCACACUUCAUGGGCCAUCUGCAGACAAAUUUGUUGCUCCGGCGCAAGAAUUUGUGGACGAUUCCCACCCGCUGGCUUACCGUGGAAUGACAUACUCGGAUGGGUUGAAAUCCAAUGAUAAUCAUGAGAUUGAAGUUCAAUCAUGCAUCGCACAACACAGAAUUCUUCUACCCUACUGA